CCAUAUUUUGCAGUUAAAUUCAAUGCAAUCAUAUCAAAUAACUUGGGACAUUUAUUGGAUUAUUUUAUUUUUCCAGGGAGAGUUUGGCAGUUACCUACCGGGAAUGUGUUGAGCCCCAGUAAACAACCAUCGAAGUACCAGUGUAAGAUAUGUCUCCGAUACUACACGAAAAGUAGCAGCCUGAAAUAUCACAUGAACACUCACACAGGACUUAAGCCUUACGUGUGCAGCGUGUGUAACAAAGGAUUCCCUCACCCUAGCAACCUACUACAACAUAACAAGCGUUACCAUGGAAACACGAUGGAGACUAAUAACUGAUGCACUUAUGCUUGACUUGACGUUUUAAGCACUUAACUUAGUAAAAUAUAUCACAAGAUGAGUGUCCCUUCCUUUAAACUAAAACCAAAUUUCGAGCUUUAAAUCCACGAGUGAUAUAUUUUGCAAACAAAUCAUUGAGUUUAGUGCUUAAAUCCUUUUCUCAUAUGAGAGAACAAUUUUACCAAACGAAAGGGCAGAUAGUCCGUUUUGACAAGACACAUUUUUAUCACCUUAUGAAUGACUGUACUAUUCAUUCAGGUGCUAGCUAGAUAUUCGAGUUUUAGAAAGAAAGUUAUGAAUGAUGAACAGGGCGCCAUAUUGAUAUAAUAAUGAAUGUCACCGGAGUCUAAAAAUAGCCAUGCUUGAUUAUUGCAGAUUAUUUGAAAUACUGUGUUCUGAUUGGUCGGGACUUGAUAUAUCAGGACGAGCUAUAUAAGAUUGUAACUGUAGAUAUGGUGAAUUGGGGGUCAAAUCUGAGCUAAGUUGAGGCGGUGUUAUUUAAUUUAUAUUCAGCUUAUAAUAUCUUUAGUAACUCAAAAA